AUGAAGACAAGACCGGAAUUAGGUUGGUUGGUAGAAGAGUUUUGUGGUGGAGAAACUGCUUAUGAAGGUAAAGUUUGCCGUUCUUGUUUAGGAAAAAAACAAAGAGGAGAAGCCACCUCUUCUCAGGCACAAAACCAGCGAGCAACUGAUGAACCUCCAUUUUACAUGAACCGAGAUUAUGGAUUUAAAGAGAGCAGAAAAGUUAAUAGCAGUGGAAAAAAAAUACUACUUCGUGAAUUAAAUCGCAAACAGAAGACCAUGAAAGUUCAGGCUCUCAAUAAUCCUGGAGCAAGAUUAACUAGCACAAUUCCUUUUAGAAUAGUAGUUGCUUUUUUACUUCCGUUGGUAAUUUGGAUUUAUAGUUUAGUAAGAUUUUUUGGUGCCAAAGGAGAAACUGAACGAUUAGAGACUGAAAUUAGGGAAUUGGAAGGAAGUGAACCCGACCUGCAAGUAAAUCUUGGAGAACAACAAAGGCAACAAGUCCGAGAAGUAACUUCCCAACUAGUAGGAAACAUCCUUGAUAAUCAAAACAAUUUUAGUCAGUUGACUACUAACCCAAAUGGGGCAAGACGAAAUAUUGAUGAGAUAGAGGAAAUAUUUUUAUCGGGUAGUCUUAACCAACAACCCCAAUCUCCUACUACACCAGCGCCAACUCAAAUUACUAAUUCGCUUUCUUUUGAAUUAUUAGAGGAGCAUUUAAAAUUAAUUCAAGGAUUAAAGACAAUUAGAGAAUUAUUUGAGAAAUAUAGUCAAAUUAGAACUAAUUUAGUAAUUAACAAAGUAGAUAGGAGUAAAGAGUUGAUUGGUAAAGGGUAUUCGGACAUUGACGUUGCCCAGUUAAAAGACACUAUUACGACAGACCGAAGAACCGGAAAGGUGCUUAGCAAGAAGAUAACGGGUGGAAGUAGCCGAAAACUAUUACUUUUCCUUAAACCUUCCAAAAACCAUUCUUCAACUGUUUAUUUCCCGCCUGACAAAAUAGAAAAAGCCCAGCAAAAUUCAGUUCGCAAAGUAAUUAAAAGUUUGCUUGAAAAUCAGUCAGCAAAAUUAGAAAGAAUUCAGAAUUAUGACAUUUAUAUUUUGCGAGUAGAUAGCAGUCAUGAUGGCGCUGGACCAUCCUCAGGAGUAGCCCAUUAUUUAGCUCUUUAUAGUGCCUUAAACAAAGUACCUUUGCCGAGCAAUCUGGCUUCAACCGGAACUAUUAAAGGAACGAAAGUGGGAGCGAUAGGAGGCUUGCAACAUAAAUUAGAAGCGUCGGUGGAAAAUGGAAUAGAUAUUUUUAUCCUUUCUCACAAAAAUAAAAAGUCAACAAAUCAAGAAGAAAGUUUUGAUGACACUCCUCAUAAUGUCGAAAAUAAAAUUAAACAAGUUCAUUUUAUUAGUCAAGUCGACCAAAUAGAAAUAGCCUUAAACGAAAUAUUAGAUAAUACUGUUAAAGAAAAAGUUCACAUUUGCAACAAAGACAAAACUCCAGACGAGCAACCAGAAAAACCCGAACAACGCGAGCCACCCGAAAAACCAGAGCAGCCAAAUUCCAAAAUUACUUCCGAGCAACUUUUAAGUUUAAUUACUGAAUUAAACAUUAGAGAAAAAGGGAGAGGAACCAAAGGAAGUAUAAGUCUUCAAAAAGAAUAUGAGGAAAAAAUUGCCGAACUCUCUAAACCAAGAAAUCCGAACCAAG